AUGUCGUCCGACGACAGUAACAACGACCACCUUGUGCUCUCAGAUAAUCCAGACCACCCUGCCAACCUGAUUCCGUCCUUGUGUGCUAAAUUCUGGACGCUUGGUUGGGUUACGGGCACUGGAGGAGGAUGCUCCAUUCGCGAAAAUGACCUUGUUUACAUCGCUCCAUCCGGGGUUCAAAAGGAGCUCAUGAAGGCCGCGGACAUUUAUGUCCUGUCUCUCGCGGCCCAGACCGCCAGCCUCCGGGACAGGGUCUACCUCCGCAGCCCACCGUGCUACAAGCCUUCACAGUGCACGCCGUUGUUCCUGGCCGCCUUCACCAAGCGUCGUGCCGGUUGCUGCAUUCACACGCACAGCCAAUGGGCCGUCCUUGUGACUUUGAUCCUCGAGGCGGGCGGCGGUCCCGGCGGGGCAGAAGAUGUGCGCGAGUUCCGCAUCAACAACAUUGAGCAGAUCAAGGGCUUUGGUAAAGGCUUCGAAAAGGUUGGCAAUCUUGGCUAUCACGACACGCUUCGUAUUCCCGUCAUUGAGAACACGGCCCACGAGGAAGACCUUACCGAAUUCCUCGAGGAGGCCAUGGAUAAAUACCCUGAUACCUACGCAGUGCUGGUUCGUCGCCAUGGUGUAUACGUUUGGGGUGACAAUGUUCACAAGGCCAAGACGCAGUGUGAGAGCCUCGAUUACCUGUUCCAGUUGGCUGUCGAGAUGAAGAAGAUGGGACUCCCAUGGAUAACGGACAUCACCCCCGUCAAGACAAGUAGAUCAUAA